ACUUUGACAUAAUAAUUGUUAUUUAGACCGCAGUGCUCCUCGUACCAGAUGAGGUUAUUAUUUAUUUUCGAAUUGUUUAUUUAUUUACUCAUUUAUUUCGCUGAAUUCACAAACUAAUCUGCUCAUUAUGGUGGGCACUCCAUUGGCCAUUCCGAAACGGAAACUAGCCACAAUCAUUGCAAUUCUAAAGUCUCGUAGACUCCUGUCGGAUCACAGUGAAGUAUUGGAAGAAUGUUUGUCGAAUGACUGCAAGGAAUCGGAGUCAUGGGUACAUAAAUACAGCAAUGGAAUCAGUUGCUCAUUGUUGGUUACUUCAUCAAUUUUAACAUUAAAAUUUGUAUCCAAGCGAAUUGGUGUCGCUCUAUGCACCAUAUCUAGUGGAUACGCAAUUAUGUGCCUUGCGAAACUGGUAUCGUACGGACAAUUAUGGUUUUUGCACAAUUCCAUUGAACGUUUAUUGAACGACAUCGACGAAUUCGAUGCCUGCAUGAGGAGAAGCAUUUCGUAUUUCCGGGAGAAUGCAUUUUUUCAAUCGACACACCAAUCUGGCGGCAUGAGCACAUCGUCUAAAGAGCUGACCGCAUGCACCACAUCAUUAAUCACCAUCGUUGAAUCUAUCCGUGAUGUGGUUGUGUCACUCGAACAAAUGGUUGUCCUAUCAAAGGUUGAUGACUUGUUUAGUCCCCUGGAAGACCUAAGUGAAUAUUUGGAAAAAUCGAGCAACGAGGCGACUGUUUCAAACCUUAAGGAUUUGUACAAUAUCUUCCUUUACGCUCAAUCUCACUUGCUAACUCGUCUGAGUUUAUUGCUAAUAUACAAUGGGCAGUCUCAACUUUUACCAAAAGCAAUGUGCUCAGCUCUUUCACGUGCCAUGAACGAUGAGAUCUGCAGGGAGAAUUCCAGAUACGAACAACUGACUUCGAGCGCGCCCACCGACACUAAUCAUCGAUCGGCGAACACUAUCGAUCAUGUGGCGAUGGAGCCAAUUUCAAAUUUGAAAGGUUAUUCCAUCAGCGCUUCAUCGAAAAUAUUGGCAAUAGCCAGUGAAUGUCGUCGCAUUGAUGGCAUCAUUCAGAGUGUACAUAAACUGAACGAAGAUGAAUUGACGGGAUUGAUGCCAUCGAUCAUCCAAAUCGAAAAUGCAUUUAAUGUUUGCCAAAGUGAAUAUCAAAGAUUCGUUGUCGCCUACUGUAAGGCGAUGAACGUGAAUUACACCGACCAUUGUACCGACAGACCUGAUAUAAAUGGAGACAGCGAAUUUACUGCUGAAAAUGAAGCAUUGCAUUUGAAAUUUAAAGAAAUCGAGCCCGACGAAGAGGAAUUUUUCACUUCAACGGAACGCACGUCUGACGACGAGUCAAAGGAAUCGAACCGAAAUCGACGUGGUUGGGAUGAUGAACUGGCCGAGAAAAAUAUCAAAGUGGUUAAGCAGCGCUUCAAGCCGGUACUGGCUCAAUUGAAGGGAAAAAUUGAACCGAUAGCAGCAUCGUUGCGUGAAAGAGAACGGAACCACCUGCUGGCAAAGGGUAUCGAUCCCAGUGAAUUUGUCGAUUGUAAUAAAUUGAAUGAAGGCUUCCGAAGUUGUUCGGAUUCCGAUGACGACGAUGGUGAAGACAGUGUACGACAUAAAAAGCCGAACCGUUUUGAUGAGAUGAGAAAGUUUCUGGAGGGAAAAUCUCAGAUUAGUUUAAUCCCGAUGCGAAGUGCCAAUGACAACUUUUUAAAUGAAGACAUUUUGGAGUGACGUUAAUUUUAAUAAAUUAUUUUUGCUAAUGUU